GCCCGGAGCAGCCGUCGGGCCUCCCGGGGAGCCCCCCCCCCCCCGCCCGCCCGCCCCGACCAGGCUGCCCAGAUGCGGGCGCCACUCUGCCUGUUGCUGCUCGUCGCCCACGCCGCGAACAUGAUCCCCCCGAACCGAAGGAAGAAGCAAGCGGGCACUGGUCCGGGGGGCAACUGCACGGGCUGCAUCAUCUGCUCCGAGGAGAACGGCUGUUCCACGUGCCAGCAGAGGUUGUUCCUGUUCAUCCGCCGGGAAGGUAUCCGCCAGUAUGGCAAGUGUGUGCAUGACUGUCCCUCUGGCUACUUCGGCGUCCGCGGCCAGGAGUUCAACAGGUGCAAAAAAUGUGGGGCCACGUGUGAGAGCUGCUUCAGCCAGGACUUCUGCAUCCGGUGCAAGCGGCGGUUUUACCUGUACAAGGGGAAGUGUCUGCCCACCUGCCCGCUGGGCACCGCGGCCCAGCCCAGCACGCAGGAGUGCCAGGAAGAAUGUGAGCUGGGCCCCUGGGGCAGCUGGAGCCCCUGCAUGCACAACGGGAAGACCUGUGGCUCGGCCUGGGGCCUGGAGACCCGGGUGCGGGAGGCCGGCCGGGCCGGGAGGGACGAGGCAGACACCUGCCAGGUGCUGUCCGAGUCACGGAAAUGUCCCAUCCAGAGGCCCUGCCCAGCAGAGAAGAGCCCCAGCCGGAAGAAGGGCCGGAGAGACGGGCGCCCGCGCAAGGACAGGAGGCUGGACCGCACGCUGGACGUGAGGCCCCGCCAGCCGGCCGCCUGAGGAGCCCCAGAGCUGCAGCCCCCAGCGCCCCGCGCCUCCUGCUCCAGCCCUUUCCACCACGGUUCCUGCUGCUGCUUUGCCCUUGCCUCUCCCCACCCUCUGUCCCUGUGUCCUUCCACCUUCUGUGUCU